GACUUGUGUAUUUUCGCAAUAAUAGACAAGACUUCAGCAUAGAGAGCUCUCUUGCGCAUCCUUUCAGCACGAGCUUUUCCUUUUCAUAUGCAGACAGCAAAUCACUGCUUGCACCUUUAGAAAAGAUUCUGAAGGAUUUUACUAAUUGUCUGAGGAUCUAUAAUUGUCACUGUUGUGAAUACUUUUGAACAGUAAAUCUUGCGGUGAUCUAAUAGAAAAGAAAAAAACAUUAAAUUGUAAUCUUUAAUCAUUACUUUUAAGUGCUCGCUCACGGAGAAAACGAGCGAAGCGCACAAUUGAGGAUUGGGAAGCAGUUUUGCAGGACCUGCCUUGUUUUGAUCUGGUUGUUGGUCAUCGAAAUACAAUGUUGAAAUCUUAAGGCAUGAUGUCCAAGUCACUGAGAUGCCCAUAAACCUGCUUGCGCUGUAACUGCCACCUGGAAACUCAGCCUGCGAGCUCCAACUGAUCCUGUUCAAUACCAUCAUUUGGACUGCUUUUGCAACCGAAAUGAUCAUGCGAUGAGUAAGCUCGAUUUGGGCAUAAAGAAAAGCAUUACAGGGGGUGAAUGAUGGCUGAAGAUGGAGGAAAUAUCUCCGAGGACCAUCAGUUGAGGGAAGCAGAGGGUAGCUCCUCUCUUCCAAGGACUUUUAUACGACUUAACGACCUGUCCGGUGGCGGGGAGCGCAGUGAGCUUGAGUCUGAUGGAGGCGAAAGGCGGGAGAGCGCAGCCGGAGCAGCGGCGGAGGAGGCGUCCGCUUGCGGCGGGGAACCCUUGCCCUAUCCGACUUUGGCACCGGUUGUGUUUUUCUAUCUGAAGCAGACCACGCGCCCAAGGAGUUGGUGUCUGAAAAUGGUUUGCAAUCCAUGGUUCGAGAGGGCCAGCAUGUUGGUAAUCCUGCUGAACUGCGUUACUCUGGGAAUGUUUCACCCUUGUGAGGACAGCCACUGUGACUCAGAGCGAUGCAAGAUACUGGAGGACUUUGAUGAUUUCAUCUUUGCUUUUUUUGCCGUGGAGAUGGUAAUCAAGAUGGUUGCACUGGGCAUCUUUGGGAAAAAAUGUUACCUUGGAGACACCUGGAAUCGGCUAGACUUCUUCAUUGUGUUGGCUGGGAUGCUGGAAUACUCUCUCAACCUGCAGAAUGUUAGUUUCUCUGCGGUCCGAACGGUCAGAGUACUUCGACCUCUUCGGGCUAUCAACCGAGUGCCCAGUAUGAGGAUCCUGGUGACGCUUCUGCUGGACACUCUUCCCAUGCUGGGCAAUGUGCUGCUGCUUUGCUUCUUUGUUUUCUUCAUCUUUGGGAUUGUAGGGGUCCAGCUGUGGGCUGGGCUUCUCCGCAACCGCUGCUUCCUCCCAGAAAACUUCUCCCUGCCUACCAGUUUAGACCUGCACAACUACUACCACACAGAAAAUGAUGAUGAAAACCCGUUUAUCUGUUCUCAACCACGGGAGAAUGGCAUGCGCCUGUGCAGCUCCAUCCCCACGCUUCACGAGGAGGGCCGGCAGUGCCAGCUGGACAUGGCAGCUUACAAUAGUACAGACAACACCACCUGCGUCAACUGGAACAAGUAUUACACCAACUGCUCUGCCGGAGAGGCCAAUCCCUUCAAGGGGGCAAUAAACUUUGACAACAUUGGUUAUGCCUGGAUUGCCAUCUUUCAGGUUAUUACUCUGGAGGGCUGGGUGGACAUCAUGUACUUUGUUAUGGAUGCUCACUCCUUCUACAAUUUCAUCUACUUCAUCCUCCUGAUAAUAGUGGGCUCAUUCUUCAUGAUCAACCUUUGUCUAGUUGUCAUAGCGACACAGUUCUCUGAGACCAAGCAACGAGAGAGCCAGCUUAUGAAGGAGCAGAGAGUGCGCUUCAGGUCCAACGCCAGCACGCUGAAUAGCUUUUCUGAGCCAGGAAGCUGCUACGAUGAACUUCUUAAGUACCUAGUCCACAUCAUCCGCAAAGGCACCAGACAAAUCUGCCACCUCAUCCGAGCCGCCGGUCGUCGGGCAGGCCUGCGGAUCUGCGCUUCUCCGCCGCUGGAACCACCGCCCUCGAAAAGACGGCGUCAGAAGCAGCGCCAGGGAUCCAUCCGUCAUGUCAUGCACCAUCAGCACCACCUCCACCAUCACUACCUUUUGGGCAAUGGGAGUGUCCGAACUGAUGGGGGCAGAGAGGUGGACAACGGCUCCCAGAGUGCAAAUGUCAACAACUCUGGGCAUCUCAUGCUACCUGUCAUUGUCCCUCAUCAGGACCCCUUUUGUGGGCCUCUGCGCCCCAGCGGUGCAGAAUCUGUGCAUAGUGUUUAUCAGACCGUGGGCCACCUUGAGCCGCUGCACUGCGGCCCCUCACCUUCUCCCACGGUAUUCCAGGCAUAUAAGAGGAACUCAGUACCAUUUGCGGCUCCAGUACAUAAGAACUACCCCACGUUACAGUCAUCCCUGGCCUUAGAGCAGCUCAGACAGAGAAUCCUGGAACCGGGAGGAGGCAGUUGCACUGCUAGUGUCCUUACCAACCUAAAUAUCCCACCUACUCCCAUCAACACCUCACAGUGCCUGGUGGAGACACAAGGUCCUCCCGGCAAGAUCAUCUGUAAGGAUGCACUCAUGAACUGCAGUGGCACAAACUUAGACACCGCUUUGACCUUUGACCCUGAGACUUGUCCGUAUUGCGCCAAAUGCAUGGCCAACGACUCUGAGGGAGUAGAUGGGAAUGAGACAGCAGACUCUGACAGUGAGGGUGUAUAUGAGUUCACACAGGAUGCCCAUUAUCGGGACAGCAGAGAUCCCAGCAGGAAGAAGAAGAAGUUUGCAUUAGGAGCUCGGGCAGCAAAGGUGGUCCAUUUCUGGAGGCUGGUGUGCGACACUUUCCGCAAGAUUGUGGACAGCAAGUACUUUGGACGAGGAAUAAUGAUCGCCAUUCUCAUUAACACACUCAGCAUGGGCAUCGAGUACCAUGAGCAGCCUGAUGAGUUGACAAACGCUCUGGAAAUCAGUAAUAUUGUUUUCACCAGUUUGUUUGCACUGGAGAUGCUCUUGAAACUUCUGGUUUAUGGUCCUUUUGGCUACAUCAAGAACCCUUACAACAUCUUUGACGGCAUUAUUGUAGUAAUCAGCGUCUGGGAGAUUGUUGGUCAGCAGGGAGGAGGUUUAUCGGUGCUGAGGACCUUCAGACUCAUGCGGGUGUUGAAGCUGGUCCGCUUCAUGCCGGCCCUGCAGAGGCAGCUGGUGGUCCUGAUGAAGACCAUGGACAAUGUUGCCACCUUCUGCAUGCUGCUUAUGCUUUUCAUAUUCAUUUUCAGUAUUCUAGGCAUGCACCUUUUUGGAUGUAAAUUCGGCUCUGAGAGAGAUGGAGACACACUUCCUGACCGCAAGAACUUUGACUCGUUACUGUGGGCCAUUGUUACAGUUUUUCAGAUCUUGACUCAGGAGGACUGGAAUAAGGUACUGUAUAAUGGGAUGGCCUCCACUUCUCCUGUGGCUGCUCUGUACUUCAUCGCCCUCAUGACUUUUGGAAACUAUGUCCUGUUCAACCUGUUGGUGGCUAUCUUAGUGGAAGGAUUCCAAACUGAGGAAAUAACCAAGAGGGAAGAUUUGCAUGGCCAGCUGAGCUGUAUUCAGCUGCCUAUAGACUCAGGGAAAGGCCAUGUGGGAGUGAGAAUAGUCAAGUCCAAUCCAGACACAUCAUCCACAGUGCUCAUUUCUGAGCAUGCAGGAGAUGCCUCAAAGUCUGAUUCUGAAGCGGAUUUCUAUGCACAGAGCUUGGAGGAUGUUUCAGGGCAUAAGAAGGAUCUAUCUGCAUCAUCUGUUGUGCCCAUCAAUGGCCAUGUGGAUCUGAAGAGCAGCCUGACCCCUCCCCUCAUAACUCACACGGCUGCAACACCCAUGCCCAUCCCUAAGAUAUCAGGAGGAGGAGAUCCGGCGCUAAGCUACGAGUCCCGUAGAGGCAGCAAUGUCUCCAUGGAUCCGAAUGGCCAAGACAAAUCUCCAUCGAGUGUACGGAGCUCCCCAAAUGCCCCCUGGAGUUCAGCCAGUAGCUGGAACAGCAGGCGCUCCAGCUGGAAUAGCCUGGGCCGAGCCCCCAGCCUCAAGAGGCAGAAACACCAGUCUGGCGAACGCCGGUCCUUACUAUCCGGCGAUGGCCAGUCCAGCUCUGAUGAGGGAGAUGCGGGAGAGAGCGGGGGCGGAGGUGGCUUGUCCGAGGGCGAUGAUGCCUCCCUCACCAGGACGGACUCCCUGGGCCAGAGGCCUCGGCACAGGCGCAUGGAAUCCCUGGAGACACGUAGCUCGUUUGAUCUGCCUCCAGACACCCUGCAGGUACCAUACAUGCAUCGUUCUGCCAGCAUACACAGCGCCCGGCCGCCCAGCUUCCUCAGCAACGGCAAGAGUUCUCCAUCUGCAGCCACCACGCAGCUUUCUCUAGAUGAACACCACAGCGAAGAUGACAAUGCAGAUGAUGAAGGAAACCUGAGUCGGAAGGCUCGUCUCUACCGCUGGCUGGAGCACAAGCAGCCUCAGUGGUGUCGGGAGAGGGUCACCUGGUCUCUUUAUCUGUUCCCCCCACAAUCACGGUUUCGUGUGACCUGCAAUAAAAUCAUCACUCACAAGAUGUUUGACCAUGUGGUUCUUGUCAUCAUCUUUCUCAACUGCAUCACUAUUGCCAUGGAGAGGCCCAGAAUCGACCCCUCCAGCGCUGAACGCAUCUUCCUGACGUUGUCCAACUACAUAUUUACUGCCAUCUUUGUGACCGAAAUGACAAUAAAGGUGGUUGCUUUGGGCUGGUGUUUCGGGGAGAAGACCUACCUGAAGAGCAGCUGGAACAUUCUGGAUGGUAUGCUGGUGAUGAUCUCCGUGAUUGACAUCCUGGUAUCCUUGAUCUCCAACAGCGGCACCAAGAUCCUGGGAAUGCUUCGGGUGCUACGUUUACUGAGGACGCUGCGGCCGCUCAGAGUGAUCAGCAGAGCUCCAGGACUGAAGCUGGUUGUUGAGACACUGAUGUCAUCCCUCAAGCCUAUCGGGAACAUUGUCGUCAUCUGCUGUGCCUUCUUCAUUAUUUUUGGCAUCUUGGGAGUUCAGCUCUUCAAAGGAAAGUUCUUUGUAUGUCAGGGGGAGGAUACGAGGAACAUCACCAACAAGUCUGAUUGCCUCCAGGCUAACUACAGAUGGGUCAGGCACAAGUACAACUUUGAUAAUCUGGGGCAGGCCCUCAUGUCCCUUUUUGUUCUGGCUUCCAAAGACGGUUGGGUGGACAUAAUGUACGACGGACUGGAUGCUGUUGGUGUCGAUCAGCAGCCCAGCAUGAAUUACAACCCAUGGAUGCUGCUCUAUUUUAUCUCCUUCUUGCUGAUCGUGGCUUUCUUCGUGCUCAACAUGUUCGUCGGCGUGGUGGUUGAGAACUUUCACAAGUGCCGGCGGCACCAGGAAGCCGAAGAAGCCAAACGGCGUGAGGAGAAGCGCCUUAAACGCAUGGAGAAAAAAAGAAGGAAUGUAAUGCUGACCGGUGUCAGUUGGUCCAGUCCCGAUCACACACAAGAAGCCCAGAGUAAACCCUAUUACUCCGAUUACUCACCUACACGGCUUCUCAUCCACAAGAUGUGCACCAGCCACUAUCUGGACCUGUUCAUCACAAUUGUCAUCGGGCUCAAUGUUAUCACCAUGUCCAUGGAGCACUACCAACAACCUAAGGUUCUGGAUGAGGCUCUGAAGAUCUGUAACUACAUUUUCACAAUCAUAUUUGUCCUUGAGUCCGUCUUCAAGCUUGUUGCCUUUGGAUUUCGCCGCUUCUUCAAGGACAGGUGGAACCAGUUGGAUCUUGCCAUUGUUCUGUUGUCUAUUAUGGGCAUAACACUGGAAGAAAUCGAGGUCAACGCUUCCCUUCCCAUCAACCCCACCAUCAUUCGCAUCAUGAGGGUGCUGCGGAUCGCUCGUGUGCUGAAGCUGCUCAAGAUGGCCGUGGGAAUGCGAGCUCUGCUAGACACUGUGAUGCAGGCCCUGCCUCAGGUGGGGAAUCUGGGUCUCCUCUUCAUGUUGCUCUUCUUCAUCUUCGCUGCUCUGGGAGUAGAGCUGUUUGGUGACCUGAUAUGUGAUGAGCUGCACCCCUGUGAAGGUCUUGGCCGUUAUGCCACGUUCAAGAAUUUUGGCAUGGCUUUCCUCCUGCUGUUCCGUGUAUCCACCGGGGACAACUGGAAUGGCAUUAUGAAGGACACGCUCAGAGACUGCUCCCAAGACACGGGCAUCUGCUACAACACGGUGGUGUCCCCCAUUUACUUUGUGUCCUUUGUACUGACGGCCCAGUUUGUGCUGGUCAAUGUGGUGAUUGCUGUGCUCAUGAAGCACCUGGAGGAAAGCAACAAAGAGGCUAAGGAGGAGGCUGAGCUAGAAGCAGAGAUGGAGCUAGAGUUGGAGGCUGUGGGAGGAGAUGGAGGAAUAUCCCGUGGACACAUGCCACCUUUGGGGCAUGGUGAUGUAGGUGGAUCAGGAGGGUCGCCUUGGAUCUCAAGAGACUCUCGAGACAUGCCGGAACCUCUUUACCCCACAGACAGCCCACCUGCAGACAUACGCAGGGACUACGAAGAUCACAUGAAGACAGAUCCUGAUCCUCCUCAUAAUUUGGAGCCGCCAUUAGAGCGGAGGCCUAUGUUUGACUCCGUUUCCCUGGUGAUCCAGGGCUCGUUGGAAGGAGAGCUCAGCCUCAUGGACAACCUAUCUGGCUCCAUCUGCCACUACUACGCUCUGCCCCCCCUUCCCAGCAAGCACUGCACUGAGAAACAGAUUCCUCUAGCCGAGAUGGAGGCUCUGUCUCUGGCGUCGGAGAAAUCCUGGUCCUUAGCUCUGACGGAUGACUCUGUCCCAGAUGAUUUUAACCCCCUCUUACUAACCAGUCAGGAGUGCAAUACUACAGCUCCAGCAGAUUCCCCAGACCCCCAGCAGCCAGACGAGCCAACGGAUGAGCACUUACUGUAUGUGAAGAAGACCUCAGUGGGCCGCACGCAUUCUCUGCCCAAUGACAGCUACAUGUUCCUGCCAAUGCAGCCCAACUCAACCCACAGUACCCACACAACCUCACCUCACCUCGCUCAGACAGGGUCUACAGGCUCUAUCCAGUCUCAAACAGAAGAACCCACACUGCACUUGACUGUGCCCACCGAUCUGUUCAGACCGAUCAGUCCUCAUAGCCUAUCGGACUCAGAGAGCAUCCCACGAAUCCCCCCACCUCGCCGGGCAAACACUCUCUCACGAACCCUACGCAGACAGGUGGCAGUGAGUGGUGACUCUCAGGAGACCCUAUACACAGAGGGAGGGGAAAACGAGGGCCCCCUGGGGCUUAGGGAACUGUCGGACCCACCUGUCACCCUUCCACCUCAGCAGCAGCACCAGCCUUCCCUCUUUCUGGUCCCCGCCACACCAGGCGCCUCCCCGAAACCAUUGCGACCUAGUGUCCACACACAGCACAACCCCUACGACCAGUACAACGUGUUCUCAAGGCGUUCCUGCUCUCCACCCCUCCCAUCACUGGCUGCCAGGAAGCAGGAGGAAACGGACUCUGUGGAUCAGGAGGUAUCUCGAAUUAUCCGGGCAGGGCUCGCAGGGAGGAGCGACGAUGGGAUCGGGGAAGGGACAGGGGAUCAAGGUGCAAGACGUCAGCUUAAGAAGUACCACAGCGUGGACACUCAGGGCCAGCGAGCUCUGCUGUUACCACGGCCCUUGUCAUGGCUUGACGACCCACGUCGGCACUCCAUUGAGGUGUGCUCGUCCGUGGAAAGCAGUCCCCAGCGCAGUUCGAUCUCCUCUGGCUUCGUGUCGCGAGGCGACAGCCUCCAGCAACAGUCCUCUCCACGCGGCCGCAAGAAGAAGAUGAGUCCGCCGUGCAUCUCUGUGGAUCCACCCGAGGGUUCUGAGCUUCCGGAAGGCUUUCACCCUGCUCUGGGGAUGGUGCCACCCCCAUUGCCAAGUCGGGACACUUGCCUGAGGAGGCGCGCUCCCUCCAGUGACUCCAAGGACUCAUUUGAUUUGGGUGGAGGAGGAGAUGGGCUGCCCCAAGAAGGUGUCCCGAACUCCAAGCUAUUGACUCUGCCUAGCUUCUCUUUUGAGAAAACAAGCUCUGAGCACUGAACACUUGACUUACACGUUCUCACACACACACACACACACACGCGCACAUGACACACGAUGCACUCUUGUGUAUCCGUGAUGGUGAUAGUAAUAGUAAUAAUAUCUUAGAGAGUAAUAAUGCUAAAUGCAACAAUGGUGAAUACUCCAUGAUCAUGAGGAAUAGUAACUAUACCUUGUAUUUUUUUUCUCUACUGCCAAAAGAACACAAAAGGACAUUGUGCUGAGGAUUAAACAAGCUAAUAACGGGACUCUCUCUCCUCAAAGAUGCCAGCCGAUUCGCUGGCAACCUCAUGACCUCCUCAUGGAGGUGAGUGCAGAGCCCGGAGGAGGGCGUCCCCUUCUGGCCGUUGUGAAGACUUCACAGCACUGUAUUGCUGAACUCCCUAAAGGGCACUGAUGAAGGUACAAAGCAAUAUGAACGUUUUAGAGACACUAUUUUCUUAAAUUAUUGGGCCAUAGUGUUUGUAAAGGAUGUAGAAUUUCUUUUUUUCAAUUUCGUUAUAGUUUUAUUUGUGUCUUUUUGUGAUUUUUCUCUUUUUCUCAACGUUUAAAUUGUUUGUUGUUUGCUUUAUUUUUUCACCAUAGGAUAUUUUUAGCUUUCUUGUUUUAACAAAGACAAAAUGAAAGAAAACAUUUUUCAAAGUGCCGGGAUCCAUGUAUUUGUAGGAAUAAUGAUAUUAUUAUUAUUAAUAAUGAUGAUAUAAUAUAUCUCUUUAAAAUAAAGCAUUAAACAGCUCUUUGAUUUUUAAGCACAAGUAUUAGACUGGUGUGCCCUGACUAAAGAGUCUGUUGAACACAUCUGCAGAAUGGAUUGUGUGCUACUUUAAUGAGUCUUUCAGACAGAAGGGAACAAAUACCUACAUUAAUUGAAUUCAUGAAGCAGAAAAUCACUGCAAAACACGCACAAGCCACAGAAAACCAGAUAAGCAUUUCAUUGGAACUCUUUGGCUAAAUAAAUGCUAUUAGCACAGCAUACAAUAUUCAUGUGAGAUUGUAACAAAAAA